AGCCUUAUAGAACUAUACCUAAAAAAUUAAGAGAUUAUAGAAGUAAACACGCUUUCAGAAUUCAUGGUGGUAAUAAUUAUGCUAUAGAUAAUACAGAAUUAGAGGACUUCAGACCUGAAGAUGAGCAUAACUUAGACCUGAAAUCAGAAUCUACAGAAAAUGAUGAAAUAUCUGAUAUUAUCAAUAUAUAUAGUUACUAG